GUAAUGUUACUAAUGUAUCAUGUAACUGCUGAUAUUUAGGCUAUCCUUUUCUGUGCAACUAAACUAAACAGGAAGCUGUUGCAAAAAUGGGCAUCACUUCCAUGGACAAGUACUUCAUAUACUUCCUCAUCACAUACUUAGUCACAGCUCUUCUUUUUCAGUUGUUUACUAAAAAUCGUCGUCCCAGAAUCCAGCUUCAGCCUCCUCCAAGCCCACCUGCACUGCCUAUACUUGGUCAUAUUCCUCUGCUCUACAGCUCUACUCGUCCCUUUCACAAGUCCUUGACCACGCUUGCCUUUCGAGAUGGUGCACCUUUCAUGAGGAUCUUCAUCGGCCCGUUUUCUCAGUUCAUGGUGGUUUCUGAGGCUAGCUUGGCUAAACAACUUGUUGAAGAGCAUGAGAUGAGUUUUGUAACCAUUAGGCUUAAGAAUCAUGCUUAUGGAAUGUCGAACUUGGUUUUGUUGAGGAGUAUACUUGAUUCUGACUCACAAGUGAAGCGUUUUGAGCAUGCGCGAGAACGUGAGGUUUUGAGGCUGUUGGAAGUUCUUGUUGACAAGGCGGAACAAGGGGAGGCUUGUGAUUUGGGUGCGGAGCUGGAGAAGGUUGUCAAUAAUGUUUUGUUUAGUAUGAUUAUGAAAAUUCAGAGUGAUAGUUAUGAAAGUGUGAAGAUCAGGGAGUUUGUUAAUGGACUUGGUGCUGAGAUUGGGGGAAGGUCCUUUGUGUUGAGUGAAUUGUUUGGUCAAUUCCUUUGUGGAAGAAAUAAGUUGGAGGGCCUAUUGCUCAAGUUCGAUGAGUUUUUGGAAGAGAUUAUAUUGAGACAUGAGAACAGAGGAUCAGUUACAGAUCGAGAUGUAGUCGAUAGCCUUAAGGAUGAAGAACAGGCUGCAGAUCUACCUAGGAACAAUAUCAAGGGGGUUGUAUUGGAAACUUUGAUGGCGGGUUCAGGGACGAUGAGUGUGGCAUUGAAGUGGACACUAGCAGAAAUUAUUAACCAUCCAAGUGUGUUGAACAAACUGAGGGAAGAGAUAGUUGGGGUAGUAGGGCUGCAUAAGCUUAUACAGGAUUCAGAUAUCCCAAAAUUGCCUUACCUGCAAGCAGUUGUGAAAGAAGGUCUUCGCUUACAUCCUCCUACUCCAUUGAUAAUGCGCAAAUGCACACAUGGCUGCCAAAUUGGUGGGUACGAUGUGAUACCAGAUUCAAGAAUAAUCGUUAAUGUGUAUGCCAUAAUGCAAGAUACUGGCACAUGGAAAUUCCCAACUGAAUUUAUUCCAGAGAGGUUCCUUGAAACCCCUAGUACAUAUAAUGAGCUUCUAGUCGACGCAAAGGGUCAAAAUCUUUGUUACCUGCCAUUUGGAGGUGGAAGCAGUGCGUGCCCUGGUGCACGUCUUGCAAUAAAUAUGAUUCAAAUGGUGAUUGGAACAUUAGUGCAUUGCUUUGAUUUUGAGGCUAAAGGUGGGAUUAACAUGGAAGAGGGGUGUUUAGGAUCAAGUGCAGGUAUGGCUAAGCCACUUGUUUGCCAUCCUAUUGAUAAACAUGUAAUUAAGCCAUCCGCCAAAGCCCUUUCCAGUGAUUUUCACUUCUAAUCCCACAUUGGAACCUUAGACAAAGCUCAGUUGUUUUCUUGCUUUUGUAGAAUUUCUCACUACUUGGUAGUUUUAGGACUACUUCGGUUAGUAAUUUUUUUGGAGCAAGUCAUGGUUUAUUUUGGCCUUCUGGUGUAAUAAAUGUUGGACUAUGCACAUCAUGGUCAAUGCAGAUGAUGGUUUUCUCUUGUUAUGACAUAA